CCUUUGGCCUCUCCAUCAGCAGCUAAGAUGGCGGUUCCCGGCGGCUCGUGGCGGCUCCGGGGCCCGAGUUUACGGCUUUCGGUUUACCCAAUAUCAAGAUUUUCCACUAAAUCGCAGGCCAAAAAAGUUAAAUCUAUUAUUACCUCGAGGGUCAAACGCAUCAAUGAAAAAUACGAAGGAUUUUUACAGUGGAAAUUUCCACGUUUUUACGUGAUUUAUUCAACUUUUUUCAAAGGUUUCCGACCAUUAUUUACUGACUUCAAGGAAGUUCUGGUAAUAAAGCAGAAGAUGGCUUUGCAGAGACUAAAAUAUCACCAACUGCCCUACAGGGAAAUGGAGAAAUUAAGGCAGUUCCGCAGAGAUAUUAUCAAAGUGACCCCCCUGGUGCUUCUCUCCAUUCCUCCCUUUGCAAACUAUUUGGUUUUCGCCUUGAUGUAUUUCUACCCGCGGCAGUUGUUAAUGAGGUAUUUUUGGAGCAAGCAGCAGACAGAGGACUUUAUGGUGAUAUACCACUCCAUGCGGGCACAGAGAUACCCACAAGUGGUCAACAAUCUGUUAGAAACCGCUCCGAGAGUCCAGAGCAGGAAACUCCAGGACCGUCUACUGGGGCUGAGCAGCGGGGUCCAGAGAGGAGUUCACCCUGAGAUAAGUGAGCUGUGUGCAGUGUCAACGUUGUUCUCAGGCCCCCCGUUAGGGCUGUGGAGAAUUGAGACAACCCAAAUGAAAGCCUUGAGCCAGAUGAUGUUCCUCAGCCCACACUUGCCUUCGAUAUUCCUACGCAGACGCCUCUGGAAGCACAUAACAGAGAUCCAUCACCUGGACCGGGCUCUGUCUGCACUGGGACCCCACAAGCUCUCUGAGGAGGAACUCCGGAACGCCUGCUAUGUUCGAGGGCUGAAUUCAGUGCAUCUGAGUGAAACAGACUGCAAGGACUGGCUAACCAAGUGGCUCCAACUCUCCCAAAGGAUUAAAGAGUCUGAAGCCUCGCUGCUACUGCACGGCAUGAUUCUGCUCUCUGUGAAUUACAGCAGACAGCGGAGAGCAGCCGAACAUUAAAGAGAUAUGGUUCUCUGCUAUGCUCAGUGCUGUGUACUCAGUAUUCCUCUGCGUUAAACUCACUUCAGUUCAUUCACCAUCGUAUUUGAGGCAGUGAGUUUCCUAGUGAAGGGGGCUGAAUGCCCAUCGCGGGUGUGAUUUAGUUGAAAAGAAAGCUUAAGAUAAUCGCUGGAUCUUGUGUAAGUUACUUUGUUCUCUCUGUGUUUGGCGAAGCUGGCUUGCUGGGUUAGUCUGUCCGUCUUGCUGAAAUUCUCAAUGUUAACAGCACCUGGUUAACACUGCUGGAAGCCAGGCGACAAAGCUUUGAUUAGCAAUGGGCAAACUGAGUUUUAUUUUAUUUUGAGCUUCUAAUCACUUUGGUCGAGAGGGGGCAACGAGAGGAGAUGGAACACUGUAACCCCAGGGCUAUCCUGGUGCAUAUUAGGUUUUUUUAUUCCCCCAAAGUAACUAAAGAGUUGAUUCAGCCGGAAGAGACAAGUGGGCCCGGCUUUUUAUAAAGGUUUCUUUUGUCAAGUCACAAAAUCUGCUCACAUUCUGUCCCCAGUCACACUCUGUCCACUUCUCUGGUUUGCUACGUCUGAUGAAAACUGGAAGUGGCAAAUAAUCUUUUGAACGAAAGAAAGAAAUCCUGUGUUUUAUAACAUUUAAUAAUAAUUUGCACUGAACCCGCAGAGAUCACCAACAGCGGCUGGAAUUUAUACGGCGCCCCUCACUCACACAGGGUAGCGUCCCAGAGCACUUAAUAGUGACAGAA